UAGGAUACAAUGUAAACAAAAGAGAAAAGUUGAACAAGACACCCAAGGAGAGACCUCUUGAGAAGGGAAUUAUAGAAACCAUGAACAAAACUGAUUCUACUCUCAUUGAAUCUCUCACUAAGAAAGGCACUGAAGUCACGGACGGUGCAGCUCAUCCCCAAAUCCACAAGAUCAAAUGUGAUGUUGUCAUUGUUGGUUCUGGUUGUGGUGGAGGAGUUGCAGCUGCAGUACUAGCACAGUCAGGCCAAAAAGUAGUUGUCCUUGAAAAAGGGAACUACUUUGUGCCCAAAGACUAUUCUCUUCUAGAGGGUCCUUCCAUGAAUGAGCUAUAUGAAUCAGGUGGGAUCAUGGCUUCAAAAGAUGGGAAGAUGAUAAUAUUGGCUGGCUCAACAGUUGGGGGAGGCUCUGCUGUGAACUGGUCUGCAUCUAUCAGAACCCCGAAUUCUGUACUCGAAGAGUGGUCUGUGGUUCAUAAGAUUCCACUCUUCGGUAGCCCUGAUUAUCAAUCUGCAAUGGAUGCUGUUUGUAAGAGGAUUGGUGUGACAGAUAGUUGUACUGAGGAAAACAUGCAGAAUCAGAUUUUAAGAAAAGGGUGUGAGAAACUUGGUUUGAAAGUUGAUUCAGUCCCAAGAAACUCAUCAGCAGAUCACUACUGUGGUUCUUGCAAUUAUGGUUGCCCAACUGGAGAUAAACAAGGGACGGAUUCGACUUGGCUAGUUGAUGCUGUGAAGUGUGGUGCUGUGAUUUUUAACAGGUUGCAAAGCUGA